AUGAUGUUCUCACCAGGAUUAUUAUUUCUGUUAUCCGUGUUGUGGAGGUGUGAAGGAUCUCUUCUUCGUGACAUUUUGUCAACUGUACACGAUCAUAUUCAUUCUAGAGUACAUGAUGGAGCAGGGGCGGUCCUCAGAAGCUUGAACCUCAACUUCCAAGGUCAAAUUGGAGUUAAUGAACAGGGACGACCCGGCUAUGGACACGGACCACCACCAGGACCGCAUGAAAAUUUUGGUCCAUAUGAAAACAACUAUGGACAACGUCCUCAUGGCUAUAGACCUAAUCAAAACGGAUUUCAACAGCCGAUUAACAAUAACGAAAGACCCUAUUCUCAUAACUCUAACGAAUAUAACAGACCUUUCCAAAAUGGGCAUAAUAACAAUAAUCACCAAGGAAAUGGAAAUGAAAAAUAUCCCAAUAAUUACGACAAUAAUAUACAAGAUUUUUCAAACAAUGAUAACUAUGGCUAUAACAACAAUGAGCAUCCCAAUAAUCAAAACGAGUAUUACGAUAACAAUGAACAUUAUCAUAACGGUCAUCAUCAUAACAAUCAAAACCAAAACUAUCCUAACAAUCAAAACUAUCCCAAUAACGAGUAUAAUAAUCAAAAUAAUAUCAACAAGCCAAACCAUGGAAACGGGCCCGUAAACGGAAAUCCUAAUAAUGAAUUUAUUUCAACUGAAAAUCAAAACAAUCAGAACUCUCCUUCAACAUCGUCAAGACCUUCGUAUGCUACGGAAGAUAACCAUUCGAAAGAUGAUAACUCAGCGACUCAAAAUCAAACUGAUCGUGACGAUCCAUUAUACAUUCCUCUCGGACCUAAUGAUUAUAUAUACGGUGGCGAUAAAAUAAAUGUUACGGCUCCAAAACGGCAAACAGAUAACAAACCGCAAACGGCAGAGGAAGAAGAAUUCCCUAUAGAUAUACGAUUCAAAGAUGAGUAA